ACGGCCAGAGACAGCUUUUACCUCUUGUCAACCCACGGCCACUGGUGCCAUCGUCGCAUUUCUGCAUCUCUGCGACUCGCCCGCAUCGCCUCUUGGAUACACGCUCCGCGCCGUCCCGAUACAGCUGCAGCCUGUCGACCAGCCGCGGCCUACGCCCUGCACGAGACCCCGACCCGCCUCUCCCAGCCGCCCUGCGCCGCGACACCCCGGGACUGAGGCCAACGACGGGCGAUUUCACGACAUCUCGACUCGUGCUCGCGAACCGACGCUGCCAUGCCUCCUCCUCCUCCGCCGCCGCCGCCGCCGCCGUUGCCCGGGGCUGGAGGAAUCCCCCCUCCGCCCCCGCCUCCUCCAGGAGGAGCCCCAGGCGGCCUCUCCAGUCGUCCACCGCCAAGUUCAGGAGGCCGAGUCCAACGCGCUGCUUGCCGACAUCAACAAGGGCAAAGCCCUUAGAAAGGCCGUCACCAACGAUCGCUCGGCCCCGGCUAUCGCCAAGUCGUCGUCCUCGUCUGGCCCAGCCAUCGGCGGAGCUCCUCCCGUUCCUGCUCUUGCCCUGGCACCGCCCGUCCCGGGAAACCGGGCGCGAAGCAACAGUGAUCAGAAGUCCGCGCCACAAGAUCGCGGACGCCUCGUUCCACUCCGACUCAGAGAAGGCCCCGUCGCAUUCGGCCCCCCAUGUGCCAUCCUUUGCCGCGCCGAAACCGCCGGCCGACGCUGCGCCAGCUAUUCCGGGGCGAGGGCCUCCCAUUCCUCCUCCGGGCGCAGCAGCGGCUUUGAAGAAGACCAAGGGGCCGCCGCCGCCGAUUGGGAAGAAGCCGCCUCCACUGCCGACGUCUCGCAAGCCCUCGGCCAGGGCCACGCCGCCUCCUCCGGCUCCUCCUCCGCCGGCCCCGUCUUCAGCUGCGCCUGUGCUUCCCGCAGCUCCCGCUCCUCCACCACCACCGCCAGCGUCCUCGGCACCAGCUCCCGUAUCACUACCCCCUCCGCCGCCGCCUCCUCCAGCAUCUGCGGCUCCUGUACUGCCCGGGGCGCCGCCGCCGCCCCCGCCUUCUGUCGCACCGCCGUUACCUUCACCUUCAUCAGCUCCUCGAGCACAACCGCCGCCGCCGCCACCAGCACCCCCUGGGGCGGCCCCUUCUCCUCCCCCUCCUCCAGCACCGCCAGUUUCAGCCCCGUCACCCCCCAGCGCCCCUCCCGCGCCUCGAUCCAGAGGGUCAUCUCUUCGCCAUACCAUGCUCGACCCCAGCACAUUCACCUUGACCUCGAAUGGCGGCGGUUCUUCGGUGAGCCUGCCAGCUAA